AUGGAUUUACCUGUAUCGACGUUGCGAACAAUUCUGGCAAACAGAAAUAAAAUUGAGUGCAGUGCAGUGACUGGUAAUUGUAAACGGCAGAAAAUAAAACAUGGCAAUUAUGAUGAACUAGAAAAAAUUUUGUUGGAGUGGUUCAACCAAACACGUAGUUUCAAUUUACCUACAAAUGGAAACAUUAUCAUCAAGAAAGCACAUAAAAUUGCUAAACGCCUCAAUAUUGAUAAAUUCACUGGAUCUAAUGGCUGGGUCGAUCGAUUCAAGAAGAGACAUGGUAUUGUAUAUCGACAAUUUUAUGGUGUAGCUGAUUCUGUUAAUGACGCUAAUAGUGCUGCAUGGAGUGAGAAUAUUUUACCGAAUCUUUUAAAAGAAUACUCUCUUGAUGAUGUUUUCAAUGCAGACGAGUUUGGAUUAUUUUUUAAAUUGAUGCCUGAUAAAUCUUUAGUGUUUAAACAUGAACAUUGUCAAGGCGGCAAUUUAAGUAAAGAACGUCUAUCAGUUUUAGCGUGUACAAACGCUACUGGCUCUCAAAAAUUAAGACUUCUAGUAAUCGGAAAAUAUAAAUCUCCACGUUGUUUUAAAAAUAUACGUAAAUUUCCAUGUGAUUAUGUAUCACAAAAUCACGCAUGGAUGACAGCAUGGAAUGAAAUUACGGCUGAUGUCAUUAAAAAUUGUUUUCGGAAAGCAAAAUUUGUUGAGGUUGAGGAUUGUGAUGACAAUGUCUUGAAGGAAAUCAAUCAUGAUUCUCAAGGUCUAGAAGCGUUUCCUGGGUAUGUAGAAAUUGAUGAUGAUAUUGCUACGAGUAUUCCUAGAAGUAUUGAUCAGAUAAUUACUGAUAACAUUUCAUCUGCUGAUGUCAGUACUAUAAAGGAAGAAAGUGAAAAGGAGGAAGAAAAUGAUACAACACAAAUUCUCCCCGUAACAAAUGCUCUUGAUUAUGUACACGAGCUAAGAAGGUUAAUUGCAUCUUUUGACAAUGCCGAUGAAACACUGCAGAAUCUUAAUAAAGUUGAAAACUUUCUUCUACUCAAAAAAUAA